AUGAUGAUGAUAGGAACAAUCAGACUUCAUUUGUGUUUUCUUCGUCUUCUGUUCAUGCUUUCCUUGGUGUUCAUAUGUAUUAUUAUGCUUCUCGAUUGGAGGCUCUUUUUUUUCUCCUCUUGCUGUGAAAAAAGAAAGAGUGAGGCUAUGCCAUUCCAUAGCAUACAUAGUUGUUGUGUGCCUCCGUGUAUGUCAAUAGAAUUGAACAAAAAUGUAACUGUUUGUACCUGCCUGCUCAAUUUGCAUAUAUCUGCUCCAAACCUGGCACCUGGUUCUUAUUGCCUGAGUAAAUCCGUCAUUCAUUUGUUGAUCAAUAAAUAA